CAUGAAGCAAAGCACAUCCAACAAUACACCACACACCAAUGUCAAAGCCUACGCCAAAAUGCCCUCCCUCGACUCCCUCCAAAACCCCGAUCUUGCCGAAGAAAUCGAAGCUAUCAAUGCCAUCUACGACCCCGGCACCGUCAUCAUAAACAGCACCCCCGCUGCCACUACCACUGCGACUUUGGACCUGGGUAGCGCUGGCUCCGCGGCACCGAUCGCAUCGAGUAUCAAAUUACAGCUUCCGAACCAUCCGACUUUAUCGUUUAUCAUCGGGUUCGAAAAUUCGUAUCCGGAGACAAGACCAAGGGUUCUGGGGACUGCUUCGACGAGCGCGCGCGGUGAGGGGAAGAUCGCGGUGGAUGUGGUGGAGGAUAUUGUGAGCAGGAUACAUCAACCUGGGGCUGUUUGUCUCUUUGAUAUUAUCAAUGAAACCGUGGAAGCGUUUGAGGAGUUGAGUAUCGGUGGUAAUGACGAAGAAGAACAGAUGGAAGAGGAGGCUACGGCUACGAAUGACCUUGCGCCGGAGGAAUUCGCUACACUUUCGCUACGGGAGAAUUUCGGAAUCGAUAGUCCGCCUGAUUGGAUCCUGUCUGAGGUUGUGACGGAAAAGAAAUCGAUAUUUGUCGGGCGCGCAGCGUAUGUCACCAAUCUUGCACAAGCACAAGCAUACCUGGACCACCUGCUCGCGACCGAGAAGAAAGUGGCAGCAGCGACGCACAAUAUCAGCGCAUGGCGAAUCAGAGAGAAACGAAGUGCCAACAACGGCAAAGGUGGGGAAGAAGAAAUGGUAGUGCAGGACAGUGAUGACGACGGCGAGACGGCUGCGGGAGGACGACUGUUGCAUCUCAUGCAGUUGAUGGAUGUCUGGGAUGUCGUGGUGGUCGUGACAAGGUGGUACGGCGGGAUACACUUGGGCCCGGAUCGGUUUCGCAUUAUCAACGCCGUUGGGCGCGAUGCGUUGAUUCGGGGUGGGUGGGAUAAGAAGAAGGAGAAUGGCGGGAAUGAAAAGGGCAAGAAGAAGGGGAAAAAAUGAUUUGCCAUUUACCAGUACUUUUGUCGCUGUUUUCAAACGUUCUUCCCAAUAGUCUAUCUGAUAUAGCCUGCUUGUGCUAUUGAUUGGGCGCUCACGGCGCUACAAGUAUACGAAUCAGCUGGACUUGGAUCUCGGGCACAUCCGCCGCGGCAGCAGGGUACGAUGCCAUGAUGAGAUUGGUAUCAGGCUUCAGGGUGUGUUGCACCAGAUCCGAUCCAAUCAUGCAGGAUAACGAACCAUAUGGGUAUGCUUGAUCAAACAUGACAUUCCUGAAGCGGUAAUUCCAGUGAGUGGUAUUUCUGCGCUGCAUCCAGAAGGAUCCGGAUGGGCAGGAACAAUGGUCCAUGAGUAUCAGGGGUGUUUCAUCCGAUCACGAACAGACCUGUCAAAAGUGUAUGGAUCUAGGCGUCGACUACCAGUACGUAUCCGUACUCGGCACAUGUACAGAAUGCGAAAUGCACCUGGACACAAAGAACCCGUAC